AUGACAGAUACAGCGCUGUUUGUGGCCCCCGUCCUCUCCCAUCCUGCACGCAAGCAGUCUGUGGCCUUGUGUCAAAACUGUUUGGUUGUGAUGAGAGCUGGACGUUUGAAUAUUUGGAGCACCUGAGUGUAAACUGUGGCACUAUUUUGGGAUUUAGCAUGUUUGUUUAGUUAGCCAAGAAGAUUCUUCAUGGAAACAAAAAAAGGAUGUAGGAACACGGUCUUUCCUUUUGGUUCCAGGAUAACUGUCAAUUAAUUUUAAAAGAAAGAAGCUGACGUGAAUAUCAGAUGCCUUUGCUUCCUCAUUCUGCCUCAAGCUGCUGUCUCAAAAAGUUAUUUUGUUGUCAUGGUGAAGAUUGUUUGGACAUUUUAAAAGCUGUGCUUUUAGAAACAACCAGGACCCAUCUCUGAUCAUCAGUCGGUUUUUUUCUUUUUUUUUUUUUUGUGUUUGAAGGAAAUCUGGAUUUGCUCUAAGUAGAACUGGACCUGAAAAGAAACCUGCUAUCAGUGCUGUCUGUGUCUCUCUUGUUCACUCUUGCUCUGCCAGGAACCUAUUGAUUAGACCGAGCAAAACCAACACUGUUGUUGUCAUGUGCGUAUUCACUGAGAGCUGUUUACAGACAGCUGUGAGUCAAUGAACCGCAAUGAAGUAACUCAUUCAAUCAGCUUGUGUUUGGGCAAACUAAAAGCUCUUAGCUGUUUGUGAUUUAAUUAGUGCGCCAUUAAAUUACCAGACUGUGGCCUGACAGAUCAUUUGAAAGAGAGUCAUAUUUAUUGCUUAGAAGCAGCAACGGUAAGUAUAGAUCGAAAAAAUGAAUUGAAACUUUUUAGUUCCCAAAUGAAGCUCUCAGCGUGGUAGGUUUGUUAAGCAGUGCCAUCCAUCUCAAAGGCUAGCUGUGUUUUUGAGCUUGAAGAAAGAAAGGUACUAAAAUGGAUCCGAUAUAGAGGACAUAGCACAGGAAACAGAAGAUGACGUGGAAGAAGGGAGGCUAUUACCAAGAGACUGAUGGGGAUAGCUGGAAAGGGGACUGGUGUCAGAGGAAGCAGCUCCGAGGAUCUACAGGAUGUUGUCAUUGUGCUUUGAACUGAUGCUUGAGAAAAUCCACUGGACAAUCUGUUCGACUGCUCAGGUAUACUGUGACCUCUGAACCAUCAGUGGUGUUUCCUGCUCGCACAUCCUCUGAAAGAGAGAGAGGACAAGUCCAGGGCACAAUCCUUAUGGAACUAUUUGGGAUUCAGCGAUGAAAUGUUUGGAAUAAUGAGUGUAGUGUUUUGGGAACCAGCUUUGAGUUAGUCUGGAGUGCAUUAAAAUGUAUUCACAUUUUAUUAAUAGUAUUUUUCUUCUUCAGUAUUUGAUUCUUUGAAUCAGUUUUUGAUUUUUUUGAAUGUCGUAGUAAUAUACAACAUUACUAAUUUGUUUAACUUGUCACUUUAAUCUGUAAGGUUGUCUAAUCAACCUUUUUUAGUAGCAUAACGUUGUAGGACCCUCAUUUGAGCAUAUUUCCCACAUUUUUGCCAACAAAAGACAUUUUGUGUCGUUUAUUUUGUUACUUUUAACUUAGAAACACAUUAUUACCAAAUGUUUUCUUGUCUGUCUUAACAAACGUUACAAUGAAAUGAUUGUGUGUGAAGGUGCAGAGAGAGAUGUAGACUCUUAAAGGAGCUUUGGCCCGAUUUAUUUUUUGGAAAACCGUGUCAUCUUUUGAGGAAUCGUGAACAUCACCACAGGAUUCUGUUCUGCUUUCGGACCGCUGGCCACAGCAGCUGCAGCUGGCACAAUGAAACUUGCAUGUGCGAGUGCAUUGUUGAUAAUUUACCCUUGCAGUGCUAAAAACUGCUUGACCAGUGACAUGCUCUCUGUCUGAAUCACUCCUGGGACGUGGGGCCGAUUACAGGGGCUGUCAUGGAAAUCAGUAGUACAUUUGACAACAUGACUGGACUGACACAUGAUCGGCCAGUGCAAACAUCCUCAUUCUGCCAGCAGUUUGCAUCUGUCGAUGGGGCAGGAAAUUAUGAUGUUGUGAAUAAUGUUGUCAUUCCGACCCCAGGAGCACCAGACCCCAGGGCCCAGAAUUCUUUGCAGCAGAGUUGGGAAAUGAACUACCAGGAAGCAGCAAUAUACCUGCAGGAGGGAGAGAAUAACGACAAGUUUUUCACUCAUCCUCGAAAUGCCCAUGCGCUCAGUGCCUACCUGUUUGCUCACAAUCACCUUUUCUAUGUGAUGGAGCUGCUGACUGCGGUGUUACUCAUGCUUCUGUCCCUCUCAGAGGCCCCUGCCGUCCCCUUUCUCCGCUUGGACGUCUAUGUUCAUGCGACACUGGAGUUACUGGUGUUAGCAAUGGUGGGCUUUGAGUUGUGCAUGAAGCUCCGAUGGCUUGGAUUUCACACCUUUAUACGACAUAAGAGGACCAUGGUAAAGACAUGUGUCCUGUUUAUUCAAUUCAUCGAGGCAAUUGUGGUCUUAGUCCGGCAGACAUCUCACCUGCGUGUAACAAGAGCCCUGCGGCCAAUCUUUCUGGUGGACUGCCGUUACUGUGGAGCGGUUCGCAGAAACCUGAGGCAGAUAUUUCAGUCUCUUCCUCCCUUCAUUGAUAUUCUUCUGCUGCUGCUUUUCUUCAUGGUCAUCUUUGCCAUCCUAGGAUUCUGUUUGUUCUCAGCCAACACAGCCGACCCUUAUUUUAGCACACUGGAGAAUAGCAUUGUGAGUCUCUUUGUCCUUCUGACCACUGCAAAUUUUCCAGAUGUGAUGAUGCCAGCGUAUUCAAAGAAUCGUUGGUCAUGCAUUUUCUUCAUUGUGUAUCUGUCCAUCGAGCUCUACUUCAUCAUGAAUCUGCUCCUGGCGGUAGUUUUUGACACCUUUAAUGGAGUCGAGAAGAUGAAAUUCAAAUCUCUUCUUCUACACAAGCGAUCCGCCAUAGAGCACGCCUUCCAGCUGCUGGUUAGUCGGCAGAGGCCAGAUGGAGUGUGUUUAAAACAGUUUGAUGGACUGAUGCGAUUCUAUCGUCCACGAAUGACAGCACGGGAUCGUUUCCUGACUUUCAAAGCCCUCAACCAUUCAGGAGCAACCAUGCUGAGUCUCCAGGACUUUUAUAAGUUUUAUGAAGUGAUCGGGCUCAAAUGGAAGGCUCGACGGAGUGGAGAGCACUGGUUUGAUGAUCUUCCUCGUACAGCAUUCCUCAUCUUCAAAGGAAUCAAUUUACUUGUGAAAUCCAAAGCUUUCCAAUAUGCAAUGUAUCUGGUAGUAGCAAUUAAUGGCAUCUGGAUCCUAGUGGAGACAAACAUGUUAAAUGAUGGCGUCUCAUGGACUCGUGUUGUCCCAUGGAGUUACAUUAUUUUCCUGACAAUUUAUGGAAUUGAGGUCUUGUUGAAGAUCACAGGCCUUGGUCCUUUGACAUAUUUCAGCUCAGGGUGGAACCUCUUUGAUUUCUCAGUAACGGUCUUUGCCUUUCUGGGAUUAAUUGCUCUGGCCUUUGACAUGGAGCCAUUCUACUUCAUUGUGGUGUUGAGACCUUUUCAGCUCCUCCGGUUGUUUAAAAUUAAACAGCGCUACCGUAACGUUUUGGACACAAUGUUUGAACUCUUCCCGCGUAUGGCCAGUCUAGGUCUGACUCUGAUUAUCUUCUAUUAUUCUUUUGCCAUCGUUGGAAUGGAGUUUUUUGCUGAUGUUAUUUAUCCAAACUGCUGCAACACUAGCACUGUUGCUGACUCAUAUCGCCAGAUAAAUCAGACCAUUGGCAACCGGACCAUUCUAGAGGAGGGAUAUUACUAUCUCAAUAACUUCAAUAACAUCCUAAGCAGCUUUGUCACUCUUUUUGAGUUAACUGUGGUGAACAACUGGUACAUCACUAUGGAAGGUGUGACAUCACAAACUACUCACUGGAGUCGCCUUUAUUUCAUGACCUUUUACAUUGUCACCAUGGUUGUGAUGACGAUAAUUGUGGCCUUCAUACUAGACGCAUUUGUCUUCAGGAUGAACUACAGUCGGAAGAACAGAGAGCCGCUGGACGACCCAGAAGAUAAAAAGGGGAUUGUCUUUGAGACAGAGGUGUCUCAGACUGAAGCUCUGCAGACUCUGGACUUGUAUAAACAUACACUGGGCAUCACCAACCUAAGCUCACUGCAGGACAUGUGUGUGGCUCUGGAGCGGAGCGGGCAUUCCUCAUUAGUGUUUGUGGGUCGAAGGUCACGUACCAAGAGUGACCUCAGCAUGAAGAUGUACGAGGAGGAGAUUCAGGAAUGGUAUGAGGAAUAUUCCAGAACAAACCUCCAGCCUGAUGAGACAUUCCACAGAGAACUGGACAGCCCUGAAGCCAGUGCCAUAAACAGCAUUAAUUAACUCACACACUCCGAAUUCUGCAUCAGCGUUAACUAACACACUCACUCGUACCUCUGAGGGACCUUAGAACAGUCUUCCUCUCAUCGAUGGAAAGCACAGGUGUUCCCCUCGACCACUACAUUCUCCCUCCAUCCACAUGGAGACCCACAGAACUCACUUAAAGCCUUAUUCCCCAAAAAAACCUUAAGGUUCCGUGGCCAAUCAGGGAAGCUUGCAGACCAAUCAUGUGACAUGCACUAGGUCCGGGAACCUUCUUCUUCCAUGAAAUGCACCUCAUGACAUUUGCCUUGUGGUGGAUGACCCUGAAUGAUUCAGACUCUCUCAUGGAUUUGACAAACUGAGAACGGCGAUUGAAUGUUUCUGUGGGAGAUGAAUCAGAACUGAAUGUGAGGAUUUUAGCACUAAGUGACUUGUGUCUCUUUCUCAGCAGUCUGAGGUAUUGCUUAACCAACAGAUAAAAGACCAUAGUAAUAAAUUAAUGCUGUUUUUAAACUAAAGCUGCUUUUUGCUGGAACCUUUGGACCUUAGGCUUAUUUUUUCGUUAUAUAUAAAUAUAUACAUGCAGAUUAAACGUAUGUCAAAUGCAGUUGAGAGGCAAGUAUUUAAAAAUCUGUUUUAAUUAAUCCACCAAUUUACUCAAUAUGAGCCGGUUUCCCAGGCACAUGUUUAUUUUGGACUGAUAAGUAUUAGAAAACCAGCCUGGGACCUUUCGGUUCAUUUAAACUUUUGUCUUGUCACAUAUGAAAAGUUCUUAUUUCCUUUGUUUGGAGUCAGUAUUGUAAGGCUUAGAGUAUUUUGACAGGCCAGUUCGGAUGAAAUCCAGUCAGAAUCUCAAAUUGUAUUCCACAGCCAGUUUGAUCCGUUCAGCUCUCCAGGGUAAACGCAGAUCUGUCUCCAAACCGAAAACUUCCUUUGUGCAAAACCAUAGGUGAAAAAAUGAUACCAUUUAGCCUUGCUCAUGUAAAAACUGUUAUUUAUCUAUUUACAUUGAGUUAAACAUCUCUCCUGUUCGCUGCAAUAUUUUCUAAUUUAUUAGCCAUUUUCUUGAUGCUUUUUUAACAGGGUGAAUGCAUGUGAAUCCUCAUAUAUUGUAUACUCUCAUGUCUAGAGUAUCUAACCUGGAGGUAAUCAUGGAUGUCAGUGAUUUCGUUCCAGUUGCUCGUUUAAUUGCACUGUAGGAUGUGCAGCCUUGAUGCUCCAAACACAAGGGAACAUGAUGCAUAUGUGACAUGAAACCACACCAGCUCCUCUAAUACUGUAGGGUUUACUUGUGUCUCAGUUCUCUGUUCUUAUUCCUUUCUAAAUGUAUUAUAACAGGUCUAGUAAACAAUACAUUUUAAUGAGACUUCUAUGUAUUUUGUUUAUUAAUAGUUGUAAUAACUGUCUUUUUAUAUGUAUUUUGUUAGCUUGUCUUUGUGUUACUGUCACCCCACUGUCAAGAUUGAUUUAAUUCAGCCAGUAAUUUUAUUUUAUUUUUUAUUUUUUAAUGUCAUGUAAGUGCUUUACUCCAAUGAAAUCAUACCGGUCCGAUUUUUGCUAAGUUGGACAAAAGGUGGGGUCACGAUCUUGGGAAUUUCGACAAAUGUUUCUCCACAAGUGUUGCCAAGUCCACGGUUUUCCAACAGAAGUCUGGAACUGGCCUUUUUGGCUGUAAUUGGGCUAGUUUUGUGUACUAAUUGGGCUGGUUUGUUUAGCAGACCCGGGGUCUGUUUCAUAAAACUAGAAUAAGCCAGGCUUACUUCAAUUAGUCUGACAUAUUGUCGGUUGAUUCGGUUCAAAAUAAGUCAGACAAACUGAAAUAAGCCUGGCUUAUUGGUAAACUUGUUUUAUGAAACAGGCCCCUGGCAAACCUGUUCUCCACGCAGAUUUCCAAAUGGGUUCGAGUUGGUCACACGAAUUCUUCAAAUAUUCGAUUACACAUAGUGUCAAGUAUAUAUCGACAGGCAUAGGAAGAAUGUAGCUCGACUAAUUUACACUAAAAGUCACGCUUGUAAAAGCACUUGAGUCAUUCUCUCCACCUCUGACUCCAUCUUCCCUAUACUGUGAUUGUCUCACUGUAGGCUAGAUACUAAGACAAUUGUGGCAAAGUUAUUUGCGUCAUUUAAUUGACAUAGACGGAACUGACAGUUGCAGUCUUCCGCACUGUUAGACUUGCUUUUGUUUCUCUAAUUUCUCUCGCAGGCAUUUUGUGUGGCCGACGAACUGAUUUGUGGACAGCAGGAGGCAGUGCAGAGUCAGAUUGGUCAUAGUAGAGCAGAGAACAUGAGCGUCCUGUUUCAUUUAGCGGGCCCUGCCUCUGUAAUGCGUGUAAGAAUCUUAUGUUUCAUUUUUUUCUAUGUUUGUCAUCACCUUUGAACCAUUUAUUCCUCCUUCUCUGUUGUUCCAGUGAUAGUAACGUGAUACAUGUUUUCUGGAGUGUGUAAUAUGUUCAGCUUGUGAUGAUGUCAGACAAUCAGUUGAGGGUAUCAGCUAUUGAAAGCGACUUCCACUGUAGUUAUUGUUCUAAAUAACCAAAACAUAAUUACUUAACUCUUACGUACCCCAUAGAGUGAUUUAAUAUGAAUGUAUUAGCUAAAAUUCAUCCAUAAAAGAAUUGAA